AUGCGCUUAGGCAGUCCUCAAACUCCGUCCUCUUUACCCGAGAGACUCCAAUCCUCAACCCAACCGCGGAAACCCAAGCGCUGCAAAUCACACCCCUGGGCUGCCCUUCCUGGCCUGGGCACUACUCGGGGCGGGGGGGCCCUGCCGCCCCGCUGCAAACCCCGGCUCCCAGGCGGCUCUGCCGGACCCCAGGCGCCCGGUGGGGUCUGCCCGGUCCCGCCCCACGGCCCCGCUCUGACCCCGCUCCGACCCGGGCCACGCUACGACCCCUGGCCCCCUAUGACCCCGCUCGGACCUCGACCUCGACCUCGACCUCGACCCCGGCCCCGCCCUGACCCCGCUCCGACCCCCGCUCCGACCCCCGCUCCGACCCCGCUCCGCACCGCCGCCGCCGAAGCCGGCUCGAGCUCCGGUCUGGAUCCGAGGGAACGAGCACGGCGGGGAGAGACCAGCGGGCAGGGGGCCGGGCCCGCCUCGGAUAUCCGCCCACCGGCGACCCCGGCGCCCGGCCACUCACCUCAGCCCCAGCCCCGGCAGCUCGCCGCCGCUGCCGCUCAGAUCUCCCUCCUCGGCGUCCGAGCCCGCGUAUCGCGAGACGUGCCGCCGCGCUCUCGCGAGACCUGGGCGGCCGACCGUGAAGCCCCGGGCCCGAGCGCCGCCCGGGUCCUGCAGCUCCGCGUGCGCCCCAGAGCCGCCCGCCCCGGGACACCGCACUCGGACUCUCACCAGAGGCCGGCCCGCGGGUCUGUGGGGGGGCCCGCCUCCCGCAACGGGACGGACCUCCACUGGGGCAGUCGCUCGCGCUGUAUUGUGCGGAGUAGCACCGCCCAACGGUGGCCUCCUCGGGCCAAACUUUCCUGUUCUUGA